GUUAUAUAUGAAUGGACAGCCAUUUGGGACACAAAUGAGAAAUCGAUCGUCAAAUCGAGAAAAGAGUGAAAAAUCUGUUUUCAAUUCAUUUGUUAUUAUAUUUGAAAACAAUUUAUUAAUUAAAGAGAUUUGCAUUUGAUUUGUGUUUCGAUGUCUUUCACAGGUUUUGGUCAAAUGGACGAUAUGUUUGGAAGAAUGGACCGAAUGAUGGCAUCAAUGAUGACAAACAUGAAUGACAUGUUAGUGAGGGAUCCGUUCGGCGCUCCCUUCCCACUGAUGCCGGCCUUCAAUCCAGCGAUGGAUCCCAUGUCUCGACUUAUGUCGCACUCCAACGCACUCUUCCCGACCUCUUCAAUAAGAAUGGACCGAAUGAUGGCAUCAAUGAUGACAAACAUGAAUGACAUGUUAGUCAGGGAUCCGUUCGGCGCUCCCUUCCCACUGAUGCCGGCCUUCAAUCCAGCGAUGGAUCCCAUGUCUCGACUUAUGUCGCACUCCAACGCACUCUUCCCGACCUCUUCAAUGUCUUUUAGUCAUCACAUGAGUCCUUCGUAUAGCACUUCUUACAGCACGUCUUCGUCGGUCUAUUCAAUGAGCACUGAUAUGAGCGGAAGGCCACAGAUCUACGAAUCGUCGCACUCGUCCCGAUCGGGUCCGGGAGGAGUCCGCGAGACGACUAGUAGUGUCCGCGACUCUCGCAGUGGUCUCCAGAAGAUGUCUAUCGGACGACACAUCGAAGAUAGGGCUCAUGUGAUGGAAAGGACUCGCAAUCAGUACACCGGAGAAGAGGAGGCGAACAAUGAGUACAUUAACAUUGAAGAGGAAGAGGCGCCGCAAUUCAACAAUGAGUUCAGACAACGCAUGGGUGCGUACGGACAGCACUAUCGACGGCCCCAAAUAGCGGCCCCUCCGACACAUCGGCCGCAACUGUUGGCACUUCCGGCGCCGAAUGCACGACAAGAAUCACCCGAAACUUCAUCUCAUUCUCAUAGACAGGAGAAGUCGUAUCGAAACCACAAAAUGUCUCAUAAGAAACAUUCAGAUAAGAAGACCAAAAAGCCAUACAAGAAGUCAUAAAAUAAUGUAUUAUAACAUGGAUUGUGUCAACUGUUUAUUAAAGGCAUUUUGAACAUAAUUUUGUCAAAUAUUUAAAUCAAUUAAUAAUUAUAAGUAAUUAAAUAAAUUUUGGGAUUUAUUAU